ACAUAGGGAAGACCGGAAAACCAUAAACCCAAAAACCCCUUUAACCUCCCUCCUUCAUCCAUUUCCCCAUUCUCAUUCAUUAGCUAAUCCCUGCACUCAUUUUCCUUUCUCACUCAUCAUCUACCUUCCCAAAUGCUAACCUUCUUCAUUUCUUCCGCACCAAUCUCCUUUUUCUGCUCCUAAUUUCCUCAACACCGUCCUUAUGGACGUCAUUUUUGCUUCUCUCCCAUUACCCAACAAAUCCCACUCUCAACACUCUACUCUUUUCAGAACCAGCUGCCCAACCCGCACUCGCCGAUGCAACUUCAUAUUCACCAGAAAAUGCGUCAAUUCUGUCUCAAAUGGCAACCGGCUACAAUUACUUGGCUUUCCAACACUUCCCAGAAGCUUGAAGGCUUUACAAGAACAUGGAGAAGCUGACGAACCCAUUUCGGAGGACUUUAGUCCCUCAAAUUUGGUUAGUUUGUCUGUACAUGAUAACAAGAAUGAUGGGACUAUGCUCAAUUGUAUUGCCAAACCAAUUGCGUAUACAUUGUUUUGUAUCGUUGUUGGAUUUGUUCCUUUUAGGACGGUUAAAGCUCCUGCAAUUGCAGCUCCGGUUGUUGGGGAGAGGGUUUUGGAUAAAAGAACCAAUGGGGAGGCGGUUGAAUCGAACAUGAGGGGUCAUGAGUACUCAGACCGCACGAGACAGUUGCUCGAGGCGGUGUCAGGUGUAUCGAGGAGUAUAGAAGAGGCUAGAAAGGGUAAUUGUAGUGUAGAAGAGGUGGAGACGGCAUUGAAGGCUGUGAAGUUGAAAAAAGAGGAACUGCAAGGAGGGAUUUUGAAUGAGCUUUAUAUACAACUGAGGGAACUGAAGAGGGAGAAGGCGGGUUUAGAAAAGAGAUUGAAGGAGAUUGUUGAUGAGGUGCUGAAAGCUAAGGGGGAGUAUGAGAGGUUGGUGGAGGAGGGGGUUAGUGUUGGGGAGGAAGGGAGGGCGAGGAUGGGAAGGUUGGAGCAGAUAUUGAGAAGGUUGGAGGUGGAGUAUAAUGAGAGAUGGGAGAGAGUAGGGGAGAUCGGGGACAAUAUUUUGAGGAGAGAGACUGUAGCACUGAGUUUUGGGGUGAGGGAGCUAUGCUUCAUUGAGCGGGAAUGCGACCAACUAGUGAAGAGGUUUACCCGGGAAAUGAGAGCCAGAGGGAAGGAUACUAACAGAAUGCCAAAACAACUUCUUACAAAGCUGUCUAAAGAUUAUAUUAAAAAAGAUUUGGAAAAUAUGCAAAGAAAAAAGUUGGAGCAAAGUAUUCUUCCAACUGUGGUGGAAGGUGUUAGUCUUGGAAAUUUUUUAGAUCAAGAAGCAGUUGAUUUUGCCCGACGUAUAAGUGAAGGUCUUGAAGAUUCUAGGAGGCUGCAGAAGAACAUGGAGGCUCGUCUGAGAAAGAACAUGAAAAGGUUUGGUGAUGAAAAACGUUUUGUUGUUAACACCCCAGAGGAUGAGGUGGUGAAGGGUUUUCCAGAAGUUGAGUUGAAGUGGAUGUUUGGCCAUAAGGAAGUUGUGGUUCCUAAAGCUAUUAGUCUUCAGUUAUUCCAUGGCUGGAAGAAGUGGCGUGAAGAAGCUAAGGCAGAUUUGAAAAAAAACCUACUAGAAAAUGUGGAAUUUCGUAAAAAAUAUGUGGCCCAGAGACAGGAACGCAUUCUUCUUGACCGAGAUAGAACUGUAGCAAAUACUUGGUACAAUGAAGAAAAGAAACGAUGGGAAAUUGAUCCAGUGGCUGUUCCCUAUGCUGUGACAAAGAGGCUAGUAGAUCGUGCCCGAAUACGGCAUGAUUGGGCUGCCAUGUAUAUUACACUAAAAGGGGAUGACAAGGAAUUUUUCUUGGACACUAAGGAAUUUGAAAUGCUAUUUGAAGAUUUUGGAGGUUUUGAUGGGCUAUAUAUGAAAAUGCUCGCCUGUGGUAUACCAACUACUAUUCACUUGAUGUGGAUCCCAUUCUCGGAAUUGGAUAUCUAUCAACAGUUCAGCCUGAGCUUAAGGUUGUCUCAGAGUUGCUUGAAUGCAUUGUGGAAAACUAGAGUUGUUUCGUAUGGGAGAAGUUGGGUGUUCGAGAAAAUAAAAAAUAUAAAUGACGACUUAAUGACAAUGAUUGUAUUUCCCACUGUGGAGUUUUUAGUCCCUUAUCCGUUGAGACUCCGGUUAGGGAUGGCAUGGCCAGAGGAAAUAGAUCAGACCGUUGGUUCUACAUGGUACUUGAAAUGGCAAUCUGAGGCAGAAAUGAAUUUUAAAUCUAGAAAAACAGAUGGUUUCCGGUGGUUUUUUUGGUUUAUGAUUAGAAGUGCUAUAUACGGAUAUAUUUUGUUUCAUAUCUUCUCCUUUAUGAAGAGAAAAGUGCCAAGGCUUCUUGGCUAUGGACCAGUUCGUAGGAAUCCAAAUUUGCGGAAGUUGGGGAGAGUGAAAUCCUAUCUUAAUUAUAGGAAGAGGAAAAUCAAACAUAAGAAGCGGGCUGGUGUUGACCCAAUUACACGUGCAUUUGAUAGAAUGAAGAGGGUGAAAAAUCCACCAAUACCUUUGAAAGAUUUUGCUAGUGUUGAGUCAAUGAGAGAGGAGAUUAAUGAAGUCGUGGCAUUUCUACAAAAUCCUCGUGCUUUUCAAGAAAUGGGUGCACGUGCCCCUCGGGGGGUCUUAAUUGUUGGUGAGAGGGGAACAGGAAAGACAUCUCUUGCACUGGCCAUAGCUGCAGAAGCAAAAGUACCAGUUGUUACAGUUGAAGCCCAAGAAUUAGAGCCUGGACUAUGGGUUGGACAAAGUGCAUCCAAUGUCCGGGAAUUAUUCCAAACUGCAAGAGAUUUGGCACCUGUGAUCAUAUUUGUGGAGGAUUUUGACCUCUUUGCUGGAGUUCGUGGCAAGUUUAUUCAUACCAAAGAGCAGGAUCAUGAGGCUUUCAUUAACCAACUUCUUGUGGAGCUCGAUGGGUUUGAGAAACAAGAUGGAGUAGUUUUGAUGGCAACCACUCGGAAUUUGAAGCAAAUUGAUGAGGCUCUACAGCGGCCUGGGCGGAUGGAUCGGGUAUUUCAUCUUCAAAGACCAACUCAAUCCGAAAGAGAGAACAUACUACAAAUUGCUGCGGAAGGAUCCAUGGAUGAGGAGCUCAUUAAUUAUGUAGAUUGGAAAAAGGUUGCUGAGAAGACUGCCCUUUUACGACCGGUGGAACUAAAACUUGUCCCACUUGCCUUGGAAGGAAGUGCUUUUCGGAGCAAAUUCCUUGACACUGAUGAACUGAUGGGCUAUUCUAGCUGGUUUGCUACUUUCAGUGGUAUUAUUCCCAAGUGGGUGCAGAAAACCAGAAUAGUAAAAAAAUUAAACAAAAUGUUGGUGAAUCAUCUGGGAUUACCACUGUCUAAAGAAGAUCUUCAAAAUGUGGUUGAUCUGAUGGAACCAUACGGUCAAAUAAGCAAUGGAAUUGAACUCCUUAAUCCUCCUCUUGAUUGGACAAGGGAGACAAAGUUUCCACAUGCUGUUUGGGCAGCUGGUCGUGGUCUUAUUGCCCUUCUAUUACCGAAUUUUGAUGUUGUGGAUAAUCUGUGGCUUGAGCCAUUAUCUUGGCAGGGUAUUGGGUGUACAAAGAUCAGUAAGCGGAGAAAUGAAGGAUCCAUUAAUGGGAAUUCAGAAUCAAGAUCUUACCUUGAAAAGAAGCUUGUUUUUUGCUUUGGUUCAUAUAUUGCAGCUCAAAUGCUACUUCCUUUUGGAGAAGAAAAUUUCCUAUCUUCGUCUGAGUUAAAGCAGGCACAAGAGAUUGCAACGAGAAUGGUGAUUCAGUAUGGCUGGGGGCCAGAUGAUAGUCCAGCAAUUUACAGCCGAAACAAUGCAGUUGCUUCUUUGAGUAUGGGUGAUAACUAUGAAUAUGAAGUGGCAGCUAAAGUUGAGAAGAUUUAUGAUUUAGCAUAUUGUAGAGCGAAGGACAUGUUGGCAAAAAACCGCCAAGUUCUUGAAAAGUUUGUUGAAGAAUUACUAGAGUACGAAAUUCUUACUGGGAAGGUUUUGGAGAGAUUAAUUGAAACCAAUGGAGGAAUUAGGGAGAAAGAACCAUUUUUUCUUUCUGAAUACUAUGAUAGAGAGCCAUUGACUGGUGGAUUUCUUGAAAAUGCGAACUCGUCAGGAACUGCUCUUUUAAGUCCACCAACAUAGAACAAGAGAAAAAUGAGUGUGAUUUGGAUCUAAAUCAUAUUACAACAAGAGAAAACAUGAGUUGCUUCUAUGUUUUUUAAUUCGAGUAGAAAUACGAUGUAAUCUAGAUGUGUUGAGGAUGGAGAUAUGAUGUAAUCAAGAUGUAUUGAGCGUAGAUAGGUGUACAAAAAGAGGUUUUUGGGUGAGAAGAGGCACCAUUUUUCCUUGGUCACAGGAUUUUGUAACCAUUGUUGAGCUCAAAUAUCUAUAAAUGAUGUUUGAAAUAUCAAGGAAAUAAUUUAUGAAUGAAAAAUUCAUCAUUCUUGUUAGCA